AGUCAAUGCCAUCUGGUGAUUCCAAGGGACUUGAAGUUUAUCAUAAAUUUUCAUUCUCAUUGUUGAACAUUUGUUAAUCAUCUUCAUUUUAAAUUUAAUUAAUUGUGAUUUACUUUUUGUUUUACUAAUCAACUGUUAAAUUAUGGAAAAUAAGCAAGCUUUAGCUGCCAAAGAGAAGGGUAAUGCUGCCUACAAGGAGAAACGCUUUGAAGAAGCACUCAAGCACUAUGAUGAAGCCAUUUCUCUGGAUCCUAAUGAUAUGACAUUCCUUUUAAACAAAGCAGCGGUUCGAAUUGAACAAAAGGAUUAUGAUACAUGUAUUAAAGAUUGUGAAAAGGCUGUUGAAAUAGGUCGAGAAAAUCGAGCUGAUUUUAAAGUGAUAGCUAAAGCAUACGCUAGAAUGGCCCUUGCUUACUAUAGAAAGGAUGAUCUGGAAAAUGCCAAGAAGUUCUAUGAAAAAUCUUUAACUGAACAUCGUACACCCGAAACAAGAUCUAAACUUUCCGACGUAGAAAAGGCCAUCAAAGAAAAAGAAAAACAAGCUUACAUUAAUCCAGAGAAGUCUCUAGAAGAAAAGACUAAAGGAAAUGAAUAUUUCACAAAAGGAGACUAUCCAGCAGCCAUUCAUCAUUAUACUGAAGCGAUAAAACGUAAUCCUGAUGAUUUUAAGAUUUACAGUAAUCGAGCAGCGUGUUAUCAAAAACUUGCUGAAUUUAAAUUGGCCCUUCAAGACUGUGAAGAAUGUAUUAAACUUGAUUCUUCUUUCGUCAAAGGUCAUGUGAGAAAAGGAAUGGCUCUGUUGGCUAUGAAGGAGUUCACCAAAGCUUCGACUGCCUUUCAAAAAGCUCUUGAAAUCGACCCUAAUUGUCAAGAAGCAGUUGAUGGCUAUCGAAAAUGUACUAUGGCUUCUAUGUCAAAUCCAGAAGAAGUUCGAGCUCGAGCGAUGUCUGAUCCAGAGGUUCAGAAAAUUUUAGGCGAUCCUGCGAUGAGAUUAAUUUUGGAGCAAAUGCAAAGUGACCCUAAAGCCCUUCAAGAUCAUCUCCGUAAUCCCGAAGUGGCAGCAAAAAUUGAGAAACUAAUUGAAGCUGGUCUUAUUGGUAUUCGAUGAUAUCAUUAAAUCACAUUAAAACAACUCAACUAAUCUUCAAACACAAAUCCAUACAACAAAAUCAACAAUUUGAGAGAAAGAAAAACAAGUGAAUUAAAUUUCAAUUCAUCUAUUGUUAAUCUUACACUUAAUAUAAUGAUAAUAAUCUAUCAAAUUGCAAACCAACGGAAACAUGUAAGAAUAAUCUUCUUUACCAGAAGAGAGAAAGAGAGAAAACAAACUCAAGAUAGAGAAAAGCGACAACAUUUCCUUCAAGUAAUUAACUAACAAUUAAUUGAUUAGCUUUUCAUUGAGUUUAAUAAUAAAGGAAAUACUUUUUUUUGA